UCAAUGUUUUGGUAAACGUUUGAAAGAGGAGAGGAAGCGGCGAGCAAGAGGCAACGUUCAGUACCCUUCAACAAAAAGUCUAAAACCCUUUAAAAGAAGAAAGAAGACGAAGAAUACUCCUGUACCAAAUAUUUGCUUUGCUUGCCGUGAACCAUGUCAAAUGCACUGGAGAGUUAUGUGAACCAUCUUGUUUCAGUAAUCACAGCAGAUGGAAGAAAUAUCGUGGGAACGCUAAAGGGUUUUGAUCAGGCUGUGAAUCUGAUUAUGGAUGAAUGUCACGAGAGAGUCUACAGUUCCCACCGAGGGGUAGAGCAAGUUAUCUUGGGGCUUUACAUUGUCAGAGGAGAUAAUGUAGCACUCAUUGGUGAAGUUGAUGAAGACCUGGAUUCAAGAUUAGAUUUAGAGAACAUUCGAGCAGAACCCCUUAAUGAGUGUAAAACAUAGAAUCAUUAUUAUUUAAUAAAUGUCUGUUUUGAUAAAUAUUAUGUUCUGGUCACCUUACUUUUGUUUGGUAUUUCCCUGUAUUGCUCCAAGUUGUGGGACUUCAUACAGACUGAAAGGCUGUGAGAUACAGAUAUUAGUCUGUUCAAAUAUCUAGAAAAACAUUAACAUAUUUCUUUAUACUUAAAUUGCAUUCAACAUCUCCCUUUAUAGACUUAAUGUUUGGGACACUGAUUUUGAGUGAAUCGCAUUGGGAAAGGUUUGCUGUUUUUAAAGACAAAGAAAACCUGGCAAUUGUUAGUAUUUAUUUUAUGAUGAAAAGUACAAUCUCUCUUCUGAAUAUGUACAAAUCUAAAGAUUAUCCUUAACAAGAUAAAUAGAAUGCCAUUAAUAGUCAUGCUUAUAGCUCUGGGACUCACAGAUUGAAAGGAAACUGGAUUGUUGCAAUGUUGACUCUUUGACUGUCUUUUUGUAUACCUGAAUAUAAGAGCUAGAGAGAGGGCAUUUAAGAUUUUACACUGAAAUUCCAGGCUGAUUUUAGAGUAAGGGUACAUUUAUAAAUUAUAUGAGAGUAAGUAGAUGUACCUCUUAUGUACGUUUGAUGUAGUUUAACUUUCAUUUUUGAAACUGAAAGUAUUGUUUAGAGCAACGUGAGUUUUGGAUUCUCUUGUUAGAUCUCUAGGAAGUUCACCAUGCCUAAGGUCCUUAGAACAGCUGUGAAAUCACUGCCAACACAAAUCUUGCUAUAUUUCAAAUAUGUCCAUUUAUGGCCUGAUGUAUUAGUAUAUGAAUAGCCUUGAAAUAUAGUGUGUUUUGAAGUACUA